CAAAGACAGCGACAGUCGCCAAACGAAGGCCGCUUUUGCAACCGCAGCACAGGGGCGCGGCGCGAUCCACGGCGCGAGGACCGGCGGUGGCGAACGUGAAUGGCUCUUGGAUCCGCGCAGGCGCCUCUCGCGGCCGUGGCCGCCACGUCGGGCGAGAGCGUGAGAAGACGGGCGGGUGAUGCCGUAAGAGGGAGGAGCAGCGCCAACGGGGACGCCGCGAGCUCCAUGGGUUCCCUUUACGAGUUCCGGAACGGGAGAGGGGAGAUCGAGAUGAAUGGGAGCGGCAGCGUCAAGCAAUCUCCGCCGCCGCUGCUGCAGCAGAGCGGCACGCCGAAGCUGCUCACGCUGCCGACGGUUCUCACGAUCGGCCGGGUUGCUGCCGUCCCCCUUCUCGUGAGCACUUUCUACGUGGAUGGUUGGUGGGCAACAACUGCUACAACAGGCAUCUUUCUUCUCGCAGCACUUACAGAUUGGCUAGAUGGCUAUAUUGCACGAAAGAUGAGACUGGGAACUGCAUUUGGUGCAUUUUUGGAUCCUGUAGCUGACAAGCUUAUGGUUUCUGCCACGUUGGUUUUGUUGUGCACCAAACCUUUGAAAUGUGCUGUAUUUUGGGAUGUUCCAUGGCUUCUGGCAGCACCUUCAAUCACCAUUAUUGGUAGAGAGAUAACUAUGUCAUCAGUUAGAGAGUGGGCUGCAUCCCAGAAUGGCAGAGCUCUUGAGGCAGUAGCAGUAAAUAGUUUUGGGAAAUGGAAAACAGCAACACAAAUGAUUGCACUGACUGUUCUUCUUGCUAGUAGAGAUCCCAGACUUGCAGCGAUGACUGGUUUGGUUGCUGCCGGUGUUGUCCUGCUUUACAUUUCAGCUGGGCUUGCUGUAUGGUCACUAGUUGUGUACAUGAAAAAGAUAUGGAGAUUAUUGCUGAAGUAGUUUAUUUCCAGCUAUAUUUGGCACAAGAACACAAUGGCCAGGACCAUAUACAAGGACAACAGGGAUUUAGAUGGUCUCCCUGCACUAUUCAUCCAGUUGUAUUUGAGUUAUGGAAAGCAUGUGGUUAGCAGAUGGAAUGCAAGCAUAAUUGUUUUAUGUAGAGGUAGAUAAAGAUUAAGAUAAGGCAUUUCCAUGCCUGAUUAUGUUAGGUUUGAGCAUCAGAUGUUUCAGUCACUGCUGGAGAUGCUGUCUUCUCAUCUUUCCUUCAGAAGCUUACUAUGGGAAAUAUAUGGAGUGAUGGUUACAGCCAUUCAUGGAUCAUCAGGAGUAACAACAAAUGUCUAAAUCAGAUAGAUGUUGCUGUAUCAUUUUGCCAAAUGGUCAUAACUCUCAUGAGAUUCAAUUGACAGUGAGUUAUCCCACUGAGUGAUUGUAUAUGACUUCAUAAUGAACAGAGAUUUAGGUUGUUAAAGGUUUGCAAUCACUAAGUCAAAGUAUUUUAGAAACUUA